CCAGGGUUCUGGCAGCAGAGCAGGAUGUAUUCCUGUAGCGCUUGCUGCUCGAACAUCCAACUGCUCACGCUCAGCGUCUCGUCUCCUACAAACGGCAUCACAGCACGUUUACGCUCACACAGUGUCUCCUCCUCCUGCUCCUCCUCCUCCCGCACUCUCUCCUCUCUGAAUGAGCCGAGCAGACCCGCGCUGUGGAUGGACAGAGGCGGAAGGGUAGCGCAGGAUGCGGGUUCGCGGUGCGGGGCGUGUGUCUGUGCUGGGAAUCCGUCACUGAGCUAGCCGAGCGCUUUCAUCUUCCUCUUCCUCCUCCUCCUCUUCCUCAUCAUCCUCCUCCUCCUCCUCCUCCUCCUCUUCUCCGACAUCAUGGCCAAGCAGUACGAUGUGCUGUUCAGACUGCUGCUGCUCGGAGACUCGGGAGUGGGAAAGACCUGUCUGUUAUGCAGAUUCACCGACAACGCGUUUCAUCCCGCACACAUUUCCACCAUCGGAGUGGAUUUUAAAAUGAAGACGUUAGAGAUCGAUGGAAUCAAAGUGAGAAUACAGAUAUGGGAUACGGCAGGACAGGAGCGAUAUCAGACCAUAACUAAACAGUACUACAGACGGGCACAGGGAAUCUUUCUGGUGUAUGACAUCACGAGCGAGCGCUCCUUUCAGCACAUCAUGAAAUGGGCGAGUGAUGUGGACGAGUACGCUCCUGACAAAGUGCAAAAGGUGCUGAUUGGAAACAAAUCUGACGAGGAACACAAGAGACAAGUGGCCACAGAACAGGGAAACAAGCUUGCUAAAGCUUAUGGAAUGGACUUUUAUGAGACAAGUGCCUUUACCAAUCACAACAUCACAGAGUCCUUUACACGUUUAGCCGAGCUGGUGUUGCAGGCUAAUAAAAAGGACCUUGAUCUCCUGCGGGUGUCCAUCACCGACCAGCUGGAUCUAGCGGCGCUGGAGGAAGAGGCGGGAGUAUGUGACGGCAGCAGUAACGCGCAAAAGAGCUGCUGGUGCUGAGGACAGGAAGUGACAUCAACACAUUUUCUUUUCUUAUCCAGUGUCACUUUGGUGGGAUUUUUUUUUUCCUUCUCGGUUUGGUGCCUUCCUUCCAGUCCCAUCACGAACGAACGAACGAACGAACGAGUGAACAAGCGAACGAACGAAUGAAGUCAGAAGACUACUGUGCUAUGUUAAAGUCCUCUUUACAUUCAGGAAGCCUAGCCUAAACGACUAGCCUGCAACCUUGUGACAAGUUAGUAGCAAGGUAAAUUAUCCAGCUGUUGUUAGCGUCAUACAUUUUAGUGGUGAAUAAAUUCGCACAGCAGCUGCAGCUGUUUUAUUUAAAUUACAGAGGUGCAGAAAUGAUACAGCCUGUCGCAGGAGUCGUAGGGGCGUUUGGAAGACUAAUUUACUACUCGGACACCUUUCUGACUCGUCUGAUUAAGUGUGUUGGUGUUUACUAAUAAACUUUUUCAGAAGGCAUGAUAUUUAAGAACAUUCCCAACAUUGUGUGUUUCAUGCUCUUUAACCGUAACUGGAUCGUUAACAGCCCUGUCAUCGAGGGAAAAAAAAGGUCCAAGCGUUCUUUGGCUUGUUUUUUUUGGGGAACUCUUAAAGGUUCAGUGUGAACCCCUGUAACAAAGUGUUUCGUUUUUACAAACGAGAAGAAAGUUCCAAGAAAAAAUGACUCGUAACUAUCCGAAGAGCUUGGAACACUUUUUGUGGGCGUGGCUUUUUGAAGGAAACGCUGAGAGAAAGUGCUGUUUUUGAAAACCGCUAGCUUCGGCUGAAUCCAACCAAAAUUGCUGAUUGCACCUUUAAUGUGAGACACGAGGUAUUCUGAGUUCAGCUCAUGUACCUGCAUUUACAGUGUUUUCCCCACUAGAUGGCACUGUGUGAUUAGUUUACUUUUGGCAAGCGUCUCUCUCUCUCUCUCUCUCUCUCUCUCUCUCUCUCUCUCUCUCUCUCUCUCUCUCUCUUUGUGUGUGUGUGUGUGUGUGUGUGUGUGUGUGUGUGUUUGUGUGCAGUAUGUAAAUGAAACUUUUUCACAUCUUUCCUGCUGGAAUUCGUCUUCACAGGGUAAAGCUACUUGCGCUACAACAACAACAACAACAAAAACAAUGUCUGAGUCAAACACUGUUUACAAAACGUUUCAUAGAAAAACAAAACUGCAGCGGAAUCGAAGAAACAGCUUGAAAUAUCAGCACUUAAGUAGAAUUUAAGGGCAAAUAAUGUGAAACCACAGCGAGUAGAAAUGUUUUGCUAGGUAAACAAAGCUAAUCUGACAGACCUUUUGUGUCUCUUUGUUCCUCCUCAUCAAGCGUCAGCAUCGCUACGAGCGUUAACUCGUCUCUCAGUUAACGACCGCUAGCUAACGUUACUAACCUUUUCACCUAUCCACAUUGUUAUCAUUGCUUCGUGUAAACGAACCGAAAUAUUCAAUAAAAACAUAUGCAAUAUCGGAUAACUUUAUCGAUAUAAUAACAUCUAGCUAAUUAUCAGGAACGCUAACAUCAGUUAACGUUACUGCAUUCCUUUAAGAUGAAUUUAUCCUUUAUUUCAAGAGUGGUGUUUUUUUUUUAUUAUUAUUUUUUUUUUACACCUUUCAUGUGGCUAAACCUUCAUUAAUCCAUUAAGGAACCGGACAUACUAUGGAGGUGACCAAUCCUGUGAUGCGACCUGUAGUCUUAAAGGAGCGGUUUGUAAUUUUUAGCGCCCUCUGUUGCCCGUGUAAAGAAUUACAAAUGCAAAAAAAAUUAUAAAAAAUACACCCCCCCACCCCCCCACCCCCCCCCCAC